AUGAGCCAACAAACAAUAGUGGCUUUUGAACUCUACGGCACUCUUCUCUCGCCCAGCUCUCUGAUCGAGGAGCUGAGCAAACAUGUGCCGAAUGCGUCAAAAGUCGCUAGAGCGUGGAGAGUCCGUCAGCUCGAAUACACAUGGAGACUGAGCAGCAAGGAAUGCUACGUCCCUUUUAACGAGAUCAUCCGAAACGCUCUCAUUCAUACUCUCGACGAGAUGGGCUACGGCAUCAGACAGCCGGAUUUGAAGAAGAUACUCAGUGCUUACGACCACAUGCCUACGUUUGAAGACGUGGACCAGACGUUGGAUCAACUAGCCGAGAUUGAAAACCUGGCACCGAUAAUCUUCACCGAUGAGACUGAAGAAAGGGUCUCUAAGUCGGUUCUUCAACCCGUACUUCACGCGCCGCCUAUGUCGCGGCAGACACCGAAACUCAAAGAGGUUAUUUACGUGGACGGUUUGCUGAAGUACAAGCCGGCAGCCGAGGUCUACGACCACUUAGCACGAAGGGUUGGGAAGUCGCCCCUGCGGAGGAAAGAGAUCUGGAUAGUCAGUUCUGAGCCGGCCGACAUAGUUGGAGCUCUCCACGCCGGCAUGAAAGCCAUCUGGGUUGAUCGAGACAAGAAAGGGUGGAAGGACCGGGCUGCACCCCAUCUGCACCCGUUCUACACGGUAGCUUCUCUGGAAGGAAUCAUAGUUCCCCUGCAACUAGCAGCAUCAUCACAAGGGCGCUAUGAUUAA